AAGAACACUUGGCUGACUCUGACCAUCAUAAUAACUCGGAAUUUGAGCAGCAGCAACAGCAGCAGCAACAGCAGCAGCAGCAGCAACAGCAGCAGCAGCAGCAACAGCAGCAGCAGGAAUGCAAUAAUAAAGAAAUGACCAUAUUAGAAACUCCUAAACUUCCUUAUUUGGUUACGAACAAAAUAGUAACUUCCUUUGUACCCAAUAAGAAAACAUCUACAAUAAAGAGAAAAAUAUCAAGUUCAAAUAUAAUAAAUCCAAUGAAUGAACACUCUAAUAAUAAAAAGAAAUUAAAAGUAUCUCAUUCGACAGAAACAUUAUUUGAGAAUUUAACUCGAUCUGGAAUUGAUUGGUGUAGAUAUUGCGGUACAACAGAAGGUGUUAAUUGGAGACCAGGACCUUGGGGUAAAAGAACAUUAUGCAAUAAACAUGGAUGUGAUUAUAAAGGAUAUGGUUUGGCAAGUCGAUUACCAAGGCUUGAUUUAUCUGCAUUUGUAAAGGAGAAAUUAGAAGAUCGUCGACGUCCAAUUGUGCAGCAAUUUUGUGUUAUUUGUCAAAAUCCCGAAAAGAAUAAAGAGGAUUUACUUAGACCAUGUGAAGGAGGUUGUUCUCGUGCAUAUCAUCUAAAUUGUUAUCCAACUUCAAUAUUAGAUUCAUCCUUAUGGUAUUGUAGCCCUCAGUGUCAAGAGAAUAAAGAAAAAAAUAAAGUUGUGGUUGACUUGCCUCGAAAAUAUCUUCCAUUAAUGCAUCUACAUCAUCAACAAAGAAAAUUACUUUCAACAACUAAUGUACAAAAAAAGUCAUAUUUUAAAAUCAAAUAAAUUAUUACAUAUCUCUUUCACUUAAAUAUGCACACAAAGAAAAAGAAGAAGGAAAUAAUACAAAUUAAUUGUUUAUAUACACACCUUUACAUACACACAAACAUAAUAACAGCAAUAAAGUCUUUUUUUUUUUAUUAAUAAAAUGUAUAUAGAGC